AUGGCAACUGCAACAGCAACGAUGGAUGAUCUGGUAGCUUCACUGGGAGGUUCAAUGCAUGUAUCUCCAGAUCUCAAGGCACUUCAGGAAUACUUGGCACAAAACAUUGUUCGACCAUCAUCAUCUAUACCCCUAUCUUCUCCUGGCAUAUCAUUCCGACCCAUCCCGCCUUCUCGAUCAACCUCAUCAACACGUAAACCUACAUCUUUACCUUCUUCUUACUCAUACCCCGACCCCAACAUGGGUAUGAUACCGCAGGCAUAUCCUUCACCGAUCUCCCAACAUAAUUCAUUUUUUGGGUCGUUCCAGGACGAUUCAAUAAUGAAUGUGAAUACUCCCACUAUCCACACUCAGAGACCUGGUGGACCACUACGUCGAUCAUCUUCCUAUGGGUUCGGCUUAGCACCACCGUCACCUCAGACUGCUUACUCCAGCUUCGAGGCCGAUGCGUUCGCUCCAUUAUGGCAACAGCAGCAACAACAGACACAAGUACAAGUACAAGACCCAUGGGCUAAGAUCAGAUCGGCACAAGGGUCCAAUGUAAAUGCUUUUUCCCAAUAUCAACAACAUCAACAUCAACAAGCUGGUCCCUCGCAACAGCCUGCUUCCGGCUUUGGGUCAUUCAGACCACCCCAAGGAUUCGGCUUGGUCCACCAGCAUCAGUAUCAUCCGAUAGGGGUGGGUAUGGGCGGGACUCCACCUACACCACCGGCAGAGGACGAUGAAGAGAUGAUGGAUGAAGAUUCGAUAGAUGCUGAGAUGGACAAUUACGAUGAUGAGGAAGAUACAGUUGAGAGAGUUAUGGGUUUAACGUCGACAUCAGUGGCGAUACAAGGCCAGGGACGAGGGGACGUGGAUAGUUGGGCAAGAGGGAGGAGGAAGUUUUAG